GGCGGAAGCGACGCGUGAUUUGUUUGUUUGGAUUCUUCGCAGCGGGCGGAAUGGGGAGCUUCUUCUCCUUUGUGUGCGCGCUGGCGCUCCUCGCCCAGCUGUCGCGCUCCCUGGCCUCCGCGGACGUGUUCGACAGCGUCCUGGGCAGCACCGCCUCGUGCCACAAGUCGUGCGAAAUGACCUACAGCUUGCACACUUAUCCGCGGGAGGAGGAACUGUACGCCUGUCAGCGAGGCUGCCGCCUGUUCUCCAUUUGUCAGUUCGUUCGUGACGGCGACGACCUGAACCAGACCAAGGCCGAGUGUGAAUCCACCUGCCGAGAAGCCUACACACAGGCCGAUGAGCAGUACGCAUGCAAACUGGGCUGUCAGAACCAGCUUCCGUUCGCAGAGCGACGGAAUGAGCAGUUGGAGGCCAUGAUGCCGCGGAUCCACAUGCUGUACCCCCUGAUUCUGGCGAGGGGAUUUUGGGACGACGUGAUGAGUCAGGCCCACAGCUUCAUCACCUCCACGUGGACCUUCUACCUCCAGGCCGACGAUGGCAAAGUUGUCAUUUUCCAGACCGAGCCACAGGUCAAGUUUUUCUCCCAGUUUGAACUGGACAAAGACGUUAAAGAGGAGCCAGAGAAUAGCUUCCCUGUUUUAAACAGCCCAGUUUACAAAGAAUACCAUCGCACUUUAAUCCAGGAGAGGGACAGAGACAUGACCGGGGAUCGCAGCUACGAUGAUGAAUACAACCUCUUCAGCUGUCUUUCAAGGAACCCGUGGCUGCCAGGGUGGAUCCUGAGCACAACUCUGAUCCUGUCUGUGUUGGUCCUGAUCUGGAUCUGCUGUGCCACUGUGGCCACCGCUGUCGACCAGUAUGUACCCGCCGAGAAGUUGAGCAUCUAUGGUGACAGGGACUACAUUAAGGAACAGAAACUGACGCCAUACCCAGCAUCCUCCCUGCUGAUCAUCACCUCCAAAGGGCCAGAGGAAGAGGCUGGGCCACUCCCUUCCAAAGUGAACCUGGGCCAGUCCGACCUCUAGAAGCCAAAACUGUAGCAGAGAAGGGACAUCUUUGUUUAUGAAUAAUCUUUAGUUACAUUUUUACCCUCUGGCACGAGACCUGUGCUUCUUGUGGUCUUAACCAGACAUGCAGAACAUUUUGUAUCACUCAUUUUUCCCGUCUCCCUGUGAUGCUUUUAAAAUUGGAGUGAUGAAAAGGUGUUUUUCUGUAUAUUGGUAUAAUUGAGGCAUUAAAGUAUAGUGAUUACAGUACAUGUCAAAUAGGUUUUGGAUUUUUCUCCAGUUUUUGUGUGCAUUAGCUCUGUUGGUGUACUUAUUAUUAUAUUGAUUAAUGUUUAAAUGGACUGCUUGACUUGAACUGAUACAAGUUUGACCCCAAAUCUCAACUUUUGGUUGCAGCGAUUGUUAAUGUUGCUUUCCCGUUUGUUCUCGUUUCCAGAUUAUAUUGAAUUUUACAAAAAAAACUAUGCUCUCGAUCUAAAUAAAAACUCACGGUACAUGGAGUAGGUCUUUCCCACUAAGCUGUUUUCUAUUCUCAUAAUGUUGGAUGAAAAUUAAAGUCAGUGGAGUGAA